AUGAGCAAAUCACAGAGUCCAACCCGUCGCCUCCUCAUUUUCCAAGAGGCGCGCAAUCCGCAAAACACAGCGGAGAUCGUGUACCUCCCCGUCAACAAACUGGGUCUCCCAAUUUGCGGCGAUGGGCCCGAGCUACCCUCCAUCCUGGAACUCCCCCUGCGCAUUUUGAAAGUGUUUACCGAGGUUUUCAACCAGCCCAAAUAUAAAGGAUGGGCGGUUGUCGGCGCCGGUCCUUACCACGAUACCUCCGAGGAAGGCAAGUUCUACGCUGUUGUGCUUGAAUCAACACAGCCGGCAGGACAGGGACAUGUGCAAGUGCAGCCGGAGGUUCAUAUGCAGACGCCCUGA